CGCAGUGUUACUGUGCGGUCCGCCAUUGAAGGAGCGAGCCGAAGACGGCUCACAUUCACACGACAGCCAGCGGGCUCGCGUCUGCCUCGCUCAUCUGUCACGUUCAACUUCUGUCCUGGCAACUCACUGGCAUUUUUAAUUUUUGCUGUUUUAUUUUUAAAUUGUGUGUUAGUUACGGAUACAGUGCGUCUGUAUGUAGAUUAUUUUUUUUAAUUCAGAUUUGUUUACGCUCUACUGUAUACGGUGGGAAAAGCGGAGCGUGUGGCUGCGAAGCGAGCUUCGCCCGGGGGUCUGCGAGCGGUACCGCUUGAUGGAUCCGACGGUCGACUGGUUUCAGCCACGACAGCUCGGAACCACUAACAGACUGUGGAUGCAAAUCUGGAAAACAACGCAAAGUCUGGGCAGCCUCUACUUUACUAACAACCAUAACGCCGGUCACAGUACGCCGAGUACGAUUCCAGGGGAGAACGGAGGCGAGGAAAACGAAACCGAGAAGAGCGGGGCCGGGAGCCAGGGGAUGUCUGACCCGGGGGCCGAGGGCCACUUCGCGGAGCGCCGGGACUUUAUACCUCUGGAGCCCUACGACAACCGCGACAGCUGGGCAGCGGGGAGAGACGCCGCCGAGGGCACCGACGGGAUCCUGGGCGCCCUGAGGGGUGAUCGGUACCUCAGCCAUCGGAGUAAAAGGAGGAGGGACAGCGAGGCGGGUACCAUCGGGUUGAGCACCGGCGACAACCCGUUCGCUGGAUCCGCCGAGGACGGCUACACGGGGACGCCGUGGAAGACCAGGAACUACUCAGAAGGCGUUCAGGGGCUCCACGAGGAGAUCAUCGACUUCUAUGAGUACAUGUCCCCAAGACCAGAGGAAGAGCGGAUGAGGAAGGAGGUGGUGGACAGGAUUGAGAGAGUCAUCAAAGCCCUGUGGCCAGCAGCAGAGCUUCAGAUGUUUGGAAGUUUUAGCACUGGCCUCUAUUUACCAACAAGUGACAUUGAUCUGGUGGUGUUCGGGAUGUGGGAUAACCUACCCCUUUGGACUUUGGAAGAGGCCCUGCGUAAGAGUCGCAUGGCUGAUGAGAACUCUGUCAAGGUGCUGGACAAGGCCACGGUGCCCAUCAUCAAGCUGACUGAUUCAUGUACUGGAGUCAAAGUGGACAUCAGCUUCAAUAUGCAGAACGGCGUAAAAGCUACACAGCUCAUCACGGACUUCAAGAAGACGUAUCCCGUGCUCCCCCAUCUGGUGCUUGUACUGAAGCAGUUCCUGUUGCAAAGGGACCUAAAUGAAGUUUUUACAGGUGGCAUCGGGUCCUACAGCCUCUUCCUCAUGGCCGUCAGCUUCUUGCAGCUCCACUACCAGGAAGAUGCCUGCGACCCCAACGUCAACAUUGGGGAGAUGUUGAUUAAAUUCUUCGAGCUCUAUGGCAGGCAGUUCAACUACCUGAAGACGGGCAUCCGGAUAAAGGACGGCGGCAGUUACGUGGCCAAGGAUGAGGUGCAGAGGAGCAUGCUGGACGGUUACCUGCCAUCCAUGCUCUACAUUGAGGAUCCCCUGCAGCCAGACAACGACGUUGGCCGAAGCUCAUACGGUGCCAUGCAGGUGAAGCAGGCUUUUGACUACGCCUAUGUGAAACUCCACAACGCCGUGACCUCUGUCAACAAGUACGCUCCCAAAAAUGAGGCUGAGAGCAGCAUAUUGGGCCGAAUAAUUCUGGUCACCCAGGAGAUAGUAGAAUACAGAGAAUGGGUCACAGAGAAAUGGGGACUCCAUUCUCAGAAAGACCCCGCUUUUAACGGAAAUGAUGUCAUGCUGCUGGACAAGUGCAACAACAACCUGUUCGCAGAGGCAGCGCCUGCGCCUCCUGCCGUGUCCUGUCCCAAGCUCUCCGGCAGCUCCUCCCCACCUCCCUCCCUGCUCUCCUUAUCCUCCUUGUCUUCCCCUUCUUCCUCCUCCUCACCUUCUUCGUUCUCCUCCACGACAUCCAGCUCCAGUGAUGCUGAUUCGGACGGGACCCCAUGUAAGACUGCAAAGCAGCUCGGGGGGCGGAGCUCCAGCUUGCACAAGGAGACUUCAGGGGGUGUGGCCUUACAGAGCCAAUCCUGCAGCAGCCCUAAGGGCUCCACCACGAAGAGCAAGACCACUUCCUCCAAAACCGUUCAGGGGCAGCAGGGCACAGGACAGCUGAACGCCCUCCCAAGCAUUAAGACCCCCCAUAAGGGCGAUCGCAAGAAGAGGAAACCCCCACUGGAGACUGUGGACCUGUGCAGAUAGGGGAAUGCUGCCCUCUAGUGACCCUCUGCUGUCUGUCCCAGAACUGCUCCAGGACUCUUUCCUACAGGAAUAUUUUAUUACUGUCAUUAUUUUUUUUCCUUGAGGGAUGCACAGCUUUUUAUAAGUGAAACAGACAAAUAAAAGCAGAACAUGACUUCCUGGGCAUGAACUCAUCAAUGAAGGAAUGUUUUAUAAGACGAAUGCACUCUCCUUUUGUGGAACUCCUCGCCUUCUCACCGGAGGUUCUCGGUGAUCCCGUAAGUAUGGCUGGCGUCCCGGAGGAGCGAAGUUAGUAUCCUGGAAGCAUAUUGUGGCUUUGGGACAGUCCCUAGUUUCAUAAUCCCCAGAAGUCAACUAUAGCAGCUAAAAACAAGAACAAAUAUCAAAAACUGUCCAAAAAUAUUUGGCCUAAUAGAAAUUGUGAAUGAGUGAAAAAUGGGACAAUGGGAUUUUUUGAUUAUUCAUGAAUAAUGUGUUGUGAUUUUUAUUUAUAGAAAUAAAGCACUCAGUAUGAGGUUGAAUUAUGAUGAAAGGCACUAAUGUUAAAAGGUACAUGUUAAAAUGUCAGUGCUAGCUGUUUAAAAUGAGCCAACACCAUCCUCUCCCAUUUGAAAACCAAGGUUCCUUCACCCACAUUCCCAGUCAGGCGAGAAAGUAUCCACAGAUCUAUGCAGCACGAGUUCUCCAGAAACUGGGGUAACGAGUCAUGCAGCAUGCAUUUGUGAUUUUUCAUUCCCCUUGAAUUUUAUCGGUUAUGGAUUAAAUUCUAUAUGCCUAUUUAUUUAUUUUUUGAUUAUGAAAAUGUACUUGUAUAUAUGGAGUCAAUGAAACACUUUAAAUGAUGCUGCCCUUUACAGAGCUGGGUUUGAGGGAUGUGUUCUCCUAGCUGUGGUGGGAAGCGGUACUUGGCAGCAUUCAGUGCUGAUCCCCUCUGUAUUCUUCCAGCACGUAGCAUAGUUGAGUGACCAACAUGCCUCGGAAAACCGAGUGACAUUUUACAGUCAUAACAUUAACGGGCCUACAUACUUACUUGACUCUUAAAGGAAGUUGGGUUUAGGUUUUACUCUUUGGAUUUAAUGUCGUCGGCGACGGUGAGUUUUUCGUGACAUCCGCUUUUUACCAAUAGGUGGUGCAAUAGGGCAAGAGAUCGAAAUCUGAAUCGUUUAAUAACUCGUGCCAUUUUGGUUCCGGUAAGUUAUCGAUCAAGUACUUAACGAAAUUUAAACUGAUCUGCUUGCAUUGUAGUUUCCGAUGUUUAAACACACAAUACAGUGAAUUACUAAGUAUUUUUAAAUAUGUUAAUGCUUACAUAUUUCAGCAACCUAAACUUUUAGAACUGUAUGGUUUUUAUACUGCAAAUUACUGUAAUCGGCACCUUAAAGCAGCUUUGAACAAUCUUGUAUACUUCGCAUAACGAUCCAUUGGGGAAAAAUACCUUUUUAAUCUCCAAAAUGCAUUGAAAUUCAUUAUUGUUAACGGAAUAUUUCCUCGCCUUGGCAUAGAAGACAUCUCUUUAAUAGGCACUUAAUGUCUACAUAGGCAUCCGGAAUUACUGUGCAAAAAUCUCGUGCCAUUGUUUUCAAAAUGUUGUUCUUGUCUUCAGCAUGUUGUUUAAUAUCGCGACUGUUGGUGGUGGUGAACUAGUUUAAAAAUAACCAUUCCCCAGCUGUUACUGUAUAAGGUGAAGCAUAAGCAAAGGUACACCUGAAUGUGUUUGACGGUGCAUAAGAAACUGCUGGGUAACUGGAUAUAUUAAGAGUUAAUGUUAAAAAUAAUUAAAAAAAAAAAGCUAGAGUACUUUAAAAAUUUGAGUCACUUAAAUGUUUGAAUGUCCAUUGUCUUAAUUCAUGGGUUCUUUGUGUCCAUUUCUAAUUGGCGGGAAAAAUGUCUAAGUGGACAAUGUUGUUUUGUACAUCACAUGACGAAAACGACAUUUGCUGCUUGUCGAGUAAAAAUGUGGGUUCAGCUUGUCUGUCUGAAGCUAUGAUUGUAUUCAUAACUGGUGUGUUAAUCUGCCUGAUGUUGUUGCUGCUAUACAAUUUUUCUCCUUUAUUUGCCCUUAUGUUAUAAAAAAAAAAAAGUGGGAUGUUUCCACAGUUCAUAUAUACAAGAUUAACCUUUGUCAGAUAGAAUAGUUAGUCGGUAUUACGCUGGUUAGGGCACCCAAAAAUUCACCCUGUCCUACAGUUCAAUGCUGCUUUGCAGAUCCAAACUUUUCAUUUUGUUCAGUUUUAAACUGGGACCUUAGUAAGUGACGCCAGCGUGAAUAAGAAGACGAUGCAAAGUCCGGUUCUGAGGGUGCUGUAUUGGACCCGUGGCUGCAACCCAGCCGUGAGCAUCUGUGUUGGACACAAAUCGAAACCGAAGACAUUUCUCAUGUCAGAGCCCUUUAUGUUUUAAUGAUGACUUGAUUACUUAAUUUUCUAUUGAGAAAUGGAGGAAAAUAUUUAUUUUGUUGUCAGGAACAGUUGAGCUGUUCUUUGCUAUUUUUAAAAUGUUAAGAUUUUACUUGCUGUUCCUUUGUCCUUGUCACUGUCCACCUAUGUCACCUGCACGUUCUGGUUGUAUUUUUUUGAAAAAUAUAAGAUCUUUUGCAAAGUAUAUUUUUUGUGAAUAUUUGAAUUAACAUGUUGGAUUUAAGCAUUAAAUCCUUUAAAUGGAAUUGGAAAAAAAAAACUUUUGAAACUGUACGUUUGAAUAUUAAAAGGCACUUUAUGAAUGUCA